UUAAUUUUAUGUGGUCGAGUAGCAACCGUCGUCGACCAAUCAGCUCGUCGAGAUUCAAAGGCUCUCGGCGAUCGAUGCCUUUGGUCUGGUUCAAACUACAUCCGCAUCAUCGAUGAACCACUCUGCUGUUUUAUCAGCAAAUGGUCCUCAACUGGGAAGUAAGCGUAGACUUUUUGGUUGCUUUGUCUUCCUUCCGACAUUUUGCUAAACUCGUCUUGGCUUUUUCGCAACAACCGCCUCCCCCUGUUUGUUCACAUGGCAACAUAUGGCUAAGCAGCUCCACUUGUUUUUAUUCAUCGCCGGUCAUGGAGUCGCCGCUGUUUGGACACACAGUUUAUUUUCCCGUCGCGGGUGAGGCGGCGGACCCGGCGAAGUGCGACACUCUUCCGCAGAGAACGCACUUCUACCUCGGGGAGAGCGUCUAUUUUCUACUGGUUCUGCGUCAAGGAAGUUUGUUGAGGGCAAAGCAAAUGGCAGACUUGUUCGCCGUGGCGACCGUUGGCGCCCAGCACGACGCUAAUGAGAGCGUCGAAGAAGAAGGAGAAGCGGCGGAGGACCGCAGAAGAAGAAGCGGCCGCGCAGAACACCGGAAGUUCGUCGAGUGCUACCCGCUUCUCGGCCACAGCAAUGCACGUCACAGGAUGGAACCGGUCAAGUCGACGCCGUUGUCAGAAGAACAGGUUGCCUUCCGCCUUACGGUUUGUUUGGACGAACUUCCGGUCAACACUGUCCGAGCCGAGAUUGUCGUGAGCGUGUGGGAGCGAGACGAAGACCUUGCGGUGUCGAGGCCGCACGGCUGCCUCGGUCUCCUGCAGCUCCGCUCGCCCGUGCGCGCUUUCAGGGAUGACCUCAACAAAUUCAAGGCAGAGGUCGGCGCCACGCUGAACGUUCUGCCGCCCCCCGCCGUCGGGUGUCGGCAGCUGACCGUCUCCGGAAACCACCUGACGUUCCUCAAAGUGCUGAACGGCGGCUCUCGAGACGAGCUUUGCAUCGCAGACGCGAGGAUCCUUCCCAACUUCAACUCGCGCUACCUUCCCAUGAUGCCCGACGGUUCCGUUCUUCUCGUCGACAACGUCGUCUGCCACCAAGCGGCCGAGGUGUCCACGGCGUCGUUCUACCGCGUGGAGAGCGAGCGGUCGCGCCUCCCGAGCUCGCUCGGUGCCCUGGAGGAGCACAACUUCCUGUUCCGGCUGCAGCUUCGGGACAAAGACGACGGCCGGUCCUGUGAGGGUUUGGAAGUCCCCCUGGUCGCUGUGUUACGAUGGCGCCCGUCAACGGUCCCCGACACGAGACACAUAUCCACGUUUUACUCGCUGCCCGGCAUCCGCUUGAAUCGUCCUCGACUGGUGAUGACCGCUUCCUGUCCGAGCGCCGUCAGGCCUCGCGAGAGCUUCCCAGUCAAGUACACCCUGACGAACGACCUGCACGACUUCCUGUCCGUUCGGCUGCGCUGGAAUUCCGAGGGUGAGCUCUCCCGGCACGCGGCUUCGGGUGGGUGCGAGACUCCGUUUUCGUCCUCUCUUUGUGCAGGCGACGGACGCGGAGGCCACCGGGCCACUGCGGCGGCGGCGGUGUGCCGGUCUCCCUUCGCCGACCUGGGACGAUGCCGGAAGGGCUCCAGCAUCUCUUUCACCGCCACCUUCCAAAUCCUCGGAACGGGACUCUUUGAGCUAAGCCAGCACGUGAAACUGAAGCUCCGGUUCACGGCGCCGCCCGAGGAGCCCCGGUCGCCGGCCGACGGCGGCGCGGGACGAUCCCUGAGCUUCUCCCACCGGCCGCCGCCUUCCAGACCGCGGCACGUCAGGACGGGCAGCGCGACGGAGCGUCCGUCCGGCAGUCCCGCUUACGCGCCUCCCGAGCGGGGCCCGAUCCCCCCGGACAAGGUUGCUAAAAGACCGUGUAAGGUGUUUGUGCUGGAGCACAUCAGCAGGUAAAGAAAAGACAUUUUCAGUCAGGCGUUGCGCACGUCUCCAUUUGAAGAGGCUCUGCUGCGUUGGCGGCCAUUUUAGUCACAUUGCCUUCCCUUCAUCCAUUGCUCGUUAGGGUACGCUUCCACACCUGGCUCCAUUUUGCCUUCCGACCUCAGGACACGUUGACACGUGCGGCCCAUCCAAACGCGUUUUCUAUUAUAGAGUGGGAUACGUCAACCCAGCUGAAGUCUUUACACUGGUGUUUUUCUAUUCUCUAUUUAUUUUAUUUAUUUUUAAUCAUUUAAAUUUGUUCUACUCAUUUCAAAUGCUUGAUACACUGUGCACAGCACAUAAAUCCACAUUUACCUGCUUAGAUUUUUUUCUCAUAUUUAAAAUUUCUCGUUAAUUAGUGACUUCUCGAUCUUAUCCCUAUCAUUUAUUCUCUUAAUAUUUUGACUUAUUUUGAGAUUUUAUUUUGGGUAAAUUAUAUAUAUAUAUAUAUAUAUAUAUUUGUAAUAAUACAACUAUUCUAAUAUUCCCUUUUCAGCUUCCCCCCCCCCCCCCCCCCCACACAUAAUAAUGUCUUUAUUUUCAUACUUAAAACAUCGCCAUACAAUUACGACUUUCUCUUAAGACUAUUCUUGAAAAAUGACAAUGAUAAGACAAAUAUUCUCAUCAAAUUAUGACUUAACUGUCGUAAUACUGCAAUUUAUUUUUGAUGUAAUUUUCAGAAUGAUUGUAAAUCAUUAUUUUGGUGCGUUCUAAUCAUUUCAUUGCUUGGGAUACUGUUUUGAAAUGUAUAUUUAAGGUUAAGUAGCACGUCAUAUUUUCUCGUAUUAGGUCAACGUUUUUUUUUUAUUGUCAAAUGAUGACUGUCACAAAACAUUUUUGUAAGUUUACAACAUCUCAAUGUUUAUUAUAUUUUUUUCUAGUAUAAAAAAUUGCAAAGAAAGUACCUUUUCUCUGAUGGUUUCAGCUGUAUUUCAACUUUUAUUUUUUGAUUGGUACAUCAUUUUGAAUGAUAAUUAGAACAAUAAGCCAUGUUUACCUGCUAUGGGUACCAGCAAAACAAUUGUCUAUUUUAAGAAUCAAUAUGUGAAUUUCGUUCCCUUUUUUUGAAACGCGUGUCAGUUUUAUUGAUAAAUAAAAGAAACCCAAAAGGUUGACUUAACAUUCCAGUUUUGACACAAUUUCAAUCCCAGGAAUUUUGUCAUCAAAAGAAGAAAAAACAUAUUUUUGAGUUGGAAUUUAAUUCACACACAAAAAUACAGAAAAUGUAAAAAUCUGCACUUAUUGUUUCCAGUUUGUUUGACUGUAUGUUAACAAUGCAACACCAAAAGUGGAAUACGUAGAACAUUGACCAAAACGUCUCCUUUCCAUUUCAUUUGUACUGAAGAAGACACUGAAAAUCACACUUUUAUAAUAACAGAAAACAAUAUUAUCAUCACAUAUUUGUCUUGUUGUUUGUCUUUUCAUCCAUGUUCUCAUAAUAGGGGACACCUACAAAAACAAAAGCACCCAAAAAUCCAAAUCAGCUAAUAUAUGUUUCGAACGGAAUAUUUUUUGCUUCUACUGCAUUUUUUUAUUUUUUAUUUUUUGGGGGGGGAUUGAAAUUGAAUAUGACUGCAAACCUUAUACGGCAUUAAUAUAAUGGAGAAUAAAAUAAUGGUGUUACAUACGUGACGUAAUUUUAAGCGUGUUGUCUUUCCACUUGUUUUUCCUGUGAACACAAUGAUGCGGACUUGGAUUAACAUUUUGGGACAUUAAUAUGAAAAUAAUAGUACAAAUCCAAGAUAAAGCAAAAGAGGGGCAAACUAAAGAAUGAAUUAGUUCCGUAAUGACCCAUUUCAAAAAUAUACACUGAUAUAGGCAUUUUUUUGUUUUGUUAAAUGAAUUGAUAUACAUUAGAAUGCCAUCUUGAAUAUUUCUAACCGCUCGCUGACAUUAUUGCUAUCGGUUUCAAAUGUUUUAACUCGGAGGACAAAAAGGAAAAAGCGACUUACUUGCGGACGCUUCUGCAAACGCACACGACGGUGGUGACGACCGUGACCGACACCAGCACCGCGAUCACGAUGAUCCAUUUGCUUUCUGGAGGGCAACGUACGAUACAUAUUUUCACACCCAAAUAAACAAUGAGUUACUUUUCCGCCUCAUAAACCUUCAACUUUAUCAAGUAAGAUUCAGACUUUUUAUCUAUUAUUCCAAACAUAUAUAUAUAUUGUAAAAUUAUGACUAUUGUGUUAGUGACAACUUUGUCUCACAAAAUGAAAACGAAAAUUCUCAUAUUGCGAAUAUUAUUAUUGUAUUUUCUUGCUCAAUUCUGACGGAUUCGGCGGCUCCGGUGUCGGAUCUUACCGAGCCCGUCGGUGUCCGUAAUCUCGUCCUGGCAGUCGAAGCCCCCGUAGCCUUGGGCGCAGACGCACGAGUAAGAGUCGCCGCCGAUGUGGUUGCACGUUCCUCCGUUCCGGCAAGGGCCGCUGAGGCACGGACUCGCUGAAACACACGACACGGCAAGUAAGUCCUGCGCCAUUUUUUGCGGAAACAGAUUUAGUUAAAGAUGCAAAAAGUUACCUUUCAAGUUACAAUUUCAUCAUGUACAUUUACCGCUUUUGACUUGUAAUGUGUUUUUUGUUUUUUUUUUUGG